UAUUAUCCAAAAGUCAGAAAGGAAAGAAAAAUAUAAUUUUUUCGUAAUUUUACAUUUUAUGUAAGAAAACAAAAGAAGAAAUUUUCUGACUCCAUUGAAUUUUUAUAACUUUUUUGGAAUUAUAGUUUUUUAGGAAUGAUGGAUCCGGAUAAAGGGUUGGAGAGAUUAUAUGAGCAGAGAGAAAGAUACAUUAAAGAUGUACAGUUCUUCAGAUGUCAUCUACGAGAAGAAACCACUUUAAAAACACUUCAACUGAGGAAAUCCAUCAGAAAAGAUAUUUGUAGAGAAGAUGUGUGGAAGAUAGAGAGAUUAAUUUUGAAAUCAGUUAUUAGAAAGAAAGGUAAAUCUAUUGGAUUUAUAUCAAAGCAAAUUAAGUCUCUUAAAAAAGAUUUAAAUCAAAAUUUAAUUUUAGAUUCUUAUAAAAAUAAAAAUUACAUAAAAAAUAAAAAUACUAAAUUGUUUAAACUAUUUGGUUAUCCAUUACAAGAAGAAAGUGUUGAAUGGCAGAAAAAUCUGGUCCAAAACUUAUCAUCGAAAGAAAUACCAGAGGAUUAUAUGCGGUUUUUAUCAUAUGGAGCUGGUAUGAAUUUUCCUUUUUCUAGUGGAAUAGUAAAUACGAUUGCAGAUAUUGAAGAUGCAAUUUUUCACUGUAAUCUUCAAAAAGAAGAAAAAGAUGAAAUUAGAAUUAAAAUUUGUGAAGAUUUAAAAAAACUGGAAAUCAAGAAAGGGCGCAUUCAGGAUCAUAGAGCAAGACAUUAUAUAGAGAAUAAGAAACAAGAAAUAAUAUCUGAAGGAAGUUUUAAAAAGUUAGAAAAAGACCCGUUUAAUGAAAUACAAAGAACAUUAACAAGAAAAUUGAAGAAAUUUGUGAAAGAAGGUCAUAUCCAGGCGAGUCAAAGUAAAGAAAUACUUUCAAAGGAAAACGUAAGAAUUCCUAAAUUAACUGUCAGAAUUAAAACACAUAAACAAAAUAAAUGUAGACCAAUCAUAGACUUUAGAUUCACAUUAUUAUAUAAUUUAGAAAUCUUUAUUAAAAAGAUAUUACAGGAUAUACAAAUUUCGAAAUAUGCAGUUAAAAAUGCUGAUGAUUUAAUUACAAAAUUGCAAAAAGGUGUAAUCUUGUCUAAUUAUAAAUUGAUGAGUUUGGAUAUAACAUCUAUGUACCCUUCUAUUACUAAAGAUAUGAUUUUGAGCAGUUUACGUAAGUAUGGUGUUCCUGAUUAUUUAAAGGAUUUAAUUACUUUCACAUUAGAUAAUAAUUAUUUUACAGUGAAGGAAAAGAACUUUUAUCGACAAACAGAAGGUAUUUCGAUGGGCUCCGUAAUAGGACCGAAAUUAGCAGAAAUUUAUAUGCUGGAUGUGGACAUGAUUCUUUCAACAUUAAAUGGAGUUAUGUUUUUUGCAAGAACAACAAAUAUAGAUAAAAGAAAAGAAGAAAUUGAAGAUACACAUAAGAAAUACAUCUUAAAUGGAUAUCCAAAAAGAUUACUAAAUGAUUGGUUCCACAGAUUUUUAAGAAACAGGUUUAAAGUUAAACGUUGUCAAGAAAUAAUAAAGUAUGUAUCAUUUCCGUAUAUAAAAGGUAUUUAUGAAAAAUAUAAUAACUUCUUUAAUCAUAAAUUAAUUAGAUUGGCUCCAUCCUUAAAUAACAGGUUAUCAAAUAUGAUGAUCAUCAGAAAUAAUGCUAAAGAUAUAUUAGAAGAAGAAGGUGUUGUUUAUCGGAUAGAAUGCACGUGUAACAAUCCUAGUUUUUACGUCGGUGAAACAAAACGAAGAUUAAGGAUCAGACUGUCGGAACAUUUGGCUGCCGUAAGGUUGAAAAUGAGUAAUUCUCCUGUCUUCCAACAUUGUAAUAGUAAUAAUUGUCAGAUUAAUAUUAAUAAAUUAAAAAUAAUUUUUAAGGAAAAAAAUAUUGUAAAGCGAAAGGUAAAAGAACACUUCGCUAUAAUUAUGCAAAACAAUAAUGUUAAUUUAAAUACCGGAAUGUUAACAGCGGCAUGCUGGGAGUUUUUUGUUAACUGUAUAAGUGGCUCUUCAAUGAGUUGACUGUUUGAACGUAGAUUUUGUGCUGUAAGCCCCACUGAAGAGGCCAUAGGCGAAAUGCAUUUGGGAAGCUUGUUAGUAAUGAUGUAAAUAAAAAUUUUUUUCUCUCUGCAGAUUAUUUUCUUUUUUAUACCUUUUUAAACUCUGUUUUUUAAA